AUAUCUCAGUACAAUGUCCGCCGGCAGUGCUCUGGCGGCCUGCUCCUGCUCGGAAUUGACACCUCGGGCCCGGCCUCGCAGACGAUCGCGACCAACUGCAAUUCAGCUGUUGAAUCAGCCGUACCAGGGAGCAGUUCAAGAGCUGGGACAAUCAGCCGGCUGGCAAGGCAAGCAUGGGUACGCCAUCAGCACAACACGGCCAGCCUAGCCGGGAAACAACAGAGACGUCUGGUGAAUACGAAGCCGACAGGCGACGAGGAAAAGGCUACAAUGGGUGUGCAGCAGAACCCAACCUCCCGAACACAGUCUGAACCGCGAAAUAAGGAAACCGAGGCAGCCCACAAGAAUAGUGAACAUGGACAUGACAGUCUGACGGACUCCAUGUCAAAAUAUUUACACUUACCACACCUCCCGAAGAUGCCGCAUCGACCGACCAAGGAGGAGCUUUUGGCGGCAGCAAAUGGAUUCUGGCAGAGGCUCAAAGUUCGCUUCAAAUGGUUCUCAAUCCGAAGCACGCGCCCAUUCAAUGCUGACGAGUGGGGCGCUUUCCUGUCGUGGAUUCUCUUCGGGCACUUCGUCUGGAUCCUUGUUGGGACGACGACAUUUGUCUCCCUCCUGAUCCUCAUGGUAAACACAGUUUUUGCCCAGGAAACUCUCGCGCAAAAGAUCGGAGAUUAUCUUACCAAGGCAGCUGGCGUCACAGUCGUCUUCGAAUCUGCCAUUGUGCCGAAAUGGGGUGACGGUGUCAUUACCUUCCGGAAUGUCUUUGUGUCAAGACGGCCUGGUCAGACAAAAUCUUCUGUUUCCAAGGGCUCGCCCACAGAUGCUGCUGCUGCGGCUGCGGCUGUCACCAGCUCGGACCCACAAGCUACAGUGGAUGAUGGGAACUAUACACAAUUCGACGUCACGAUCAGCGAAGUGAAUGUCACGCUCUCCUUCAGCAAGUGGUGGAAUAGUACCGGUCUUCUCAAAGACGUCGAGGUCAAGGGAGUCCGUGGCAUUGUGGACCGGACAUCUGUCCACUGGUCAGGAGAGAAGAAGGACCCAUUAUCCUAUCGGCACGAGUACCAGCCGGGUGAUUUCGAGAUUGAGCACUUCAAGCUCGAGGAUCUAUUGGUGACUGUUCAUCAACCAGGCGGGUUCCGCCCAUUCUCGGUCAGCAUCUACAGCUGCGAGCUGCCACAACUGCGAAAGCAGUGGCUUUUUUACGACUUUCUAUCAGCAUCCCACAUGUCGGGAUCCUUUGAUGGCUCGCUGUUUACCAUCCAUCCCAAGCAGGUCCACGGUACCAUUGCUGGUGAUGAGAAGUAUCUUGCAGAGAACCUUGGCGAGCCCAGCGCCUGGAAGAAGUUCAGCCGGUUGCGUAUUGAUGGUCUCAAGAUAGACCACCUGAACCGUGGUGUGGAGGGCACAUUUGGCUGGAUCUAUGAGGGUAACGUCGACAUUGUAGCGGACGUCAUGUUCCCUGCAGAGCCUGAUGAGAGCAUUGGCAAGGUCAUGAGCGACUUUUACGACAAGAUGGAGGAAACAGUCACCAGCAACCGAUACCUUCGUAUCCUGGACAAGGAUCUCGGGAGGGAGCGUAACGACUUUGCCAUCAACAACGAGCUCUCGAGUCCAACCAGUGGGCAUCUUCAUGUUGCCGUCGAUGACUCUCUCAGCGAACAUCCCGAUAGUCCGCCCGAUGCCUCGGCGCAACAGAAUACUCCAGACGAGCCUCCUCGCUACCUGGUAAUGGACCUUCGGAUCCACCUGAAUGACGUGCGCGCCAGCGUACCUAUGUUUUCCGCCACACCCGACAUCUCCUAUGUCAAUCAGAAUCUGGUUCGGCCCAUUGUCGCAUAUAUCAACUCGAAGCAUACAUACAUUCCCAUCAGCUGCCGUAUCGUGAAGCGGGCAAGCGAUUUCGACGGAAGCUGGACCACUUUUGACUGUGGGCUCAUGGAUGACAUGUCGGCCGAAGUCUACUCUGCUUUUGCGAGGGACGUGGAGGAUCAGCAUUCGAGAGUCAAGAGGCUGAAGAAGGUGGGAUUUUGGGCUGUCAGCGUGGCGCUGCAGGCACUGCUCGUCGGUGUAGCGGGAGAUCUCAUUACCUAGAGGGCAUGGUAAAGACAUCGGUGUCGACUACAGAACUCGAGAGGAUAGGUGGCAGAGAACUCGAUAUAACAGAAAGGGAAAGAAGAAACAAAAAGAGAGAGAGAGAGAGGGAACGAUGAAUGCGGGAAAGGUAAACAUCUCCGCUUUGCAAUUUGCGACAUGUCACCACAUACACAGCGUGCGGCACAAUACGGUACGGCAGGCACGGCGUUCUGGAAUCGGAAACACUCGAUGAAGGCACACCUUUUUGUUUCUUUUGGGCGUUUUUGUCCCGAGUCAGUGGUGGCACAGAAAGGAAAGGCUUGUGAUACCCUGACGAUGGCGGUUCCAAUUUUGGGUUAGGGGUGGUGCAUUAAAAAAACCAAAUGGUACAUUCGAUCAGGCAGAUGGAAAUGACGAAACGAUUUCACCUC